AGCUCCUCACGAGUCCUUACUGAAUCCAAGUUAUUUGUUUGUGGAAGUUUCAAUUUUGCAGAUUAUCAGUCAAAAUCCUCGGAAAGCGGGAAAAACACCGCAAUGGACGCGGACUACCAGGCAGGCAGUGGCCGCGUGCUGCGCCACUUCGCCGGCAUCGCGUCGCCCGACGAGAAGAAGAGCGACUGGAUGCAGCGCUCCAUGGGCGUGCGGCGCUCCUCCGGCUCGUCGUCAGUGGCCAGCGCUUCGGGUCCGUGCUCGGUGCCGCGGCCAAGCCAGCGGCCGGUCAAAGUGUUCGAUGACUUUGUGCUGGACAACCAGACGGAGAGCAGUGACCGCAGCAGCGAGCUGAGUGCCGAACCGAUUGAGCCCAGAUCGUACGCGAUGAGCUUCUCGCCGCCGCAUCGUAGUCCCAAGAAGACAAACAAGGUACCGAGGCUCCAGAGCUCCAGAACAGAGCCGACAGGGAGCUAUAGACAAACCGAACCCGCUGAGGAGGCAACGGACUCUCCCGUACCGGCGUCCGUGGAGUUUUUGAUGAGUCGAAUUCCAGAGGAGGAGGAGAGAGAGCUCAACACGAAAUCUGACGGGGAGAAGACGUAUUUUUACAAAAAGAGGUACACAGACACGUACGAGCACGCGGUUGCGCUGCUGAAGCAUGCAGCAGCAUUAGAGCGCGAACGGAAAGAUAAACAGUCGGAUCUCGAGUACUUGAGGUCGACCAUCAGGACUCAGACGCAGAUCAUCAACACAAUGAGCGAUAACCAAAAUAUGAACGACCCAGCGGGCUACCAGCAGGAGAAAAAGAUACAAGCAUUGUGCCGAGAAGUCACUGGACUCGUGAUGCAGCUGAAUGAACGUGAUACACUCAUCAAUAGUCUCCACGAAGAACGAGAUCGAUCAGCAAAGGUGAUUAAUGAGCUCAAAAUAUCACAGGGCCUCACCUCCAGCAAUGUGAGUGAAUCGAUGCGAUCUAUCGGCGAGUUUCGUGACAUGGAGCUGAAGUUGGAGGCUGCUUUACGUGACAAACGGGAAGCUCUUGAACGCGAGGAUAAAAUGGCUACACAGCUGAAAGAUCUGCAGCUAUCGUACGAGAAGUGUGAGGCGGCACGGUCAACACUAUCCGACGGCCUUGAUCGAGCUGAACAGCAGACGACAGCGCUACACGCUCAAUGGACUCAGGAAAAGAAGGAAUUGCUCUUUUCAGUGAAGAAGGAUGACCAGAAGUCGGCGAAAAUUGUUGCUGAAUGUGAGCGACUGCGAAGGGAGAACGAAACUCUGAAGAUUUCUCUACACCAGGCUGCAGAGAACGAGAGGAAGCAUCAAUUGAUGAUGACGAGCGAGCGACUGGCUGCUACCAAGGCUCAGACUCAGAUUGCGAAACUGAAAUCCGAACUGAAUGAGCUGCGACCCCAAUUAAGUGUGCUUAGCGAGAAGAAGGAAAGGAUACGUACAUUAGAAAACGAUCUGUCUGGAACCAGGGAGAAGCUUCGACGCUGUUUAUUACGCGUGGAUGAACUCGAGGAGAAGCUUGACCAGAGAGAAGAAGAGAUGCAAGCUGAGAAGAUGCAAUUCCAGGAGCGCGCUGCUUUCUUGGAGCAAAGAGUGUUUGAUUCCGAAGCAGUCCGACGAAGCCUCCAUAAUAAGGUGAUGGAACUGAAAGGAAACAUCCGCGUUUUCUGUCGAGUCCGGCCGGUUCUGCAGAACGAACUUGCAAGCUCAAGGAGUGAAGAGAUCUUUGCUUUUCCCGACUACCGCAGCGAACGGCGGCAGAUCGAGCUUAGCGCGAACCCAAAGUCCCAUGUUGGGUAUGGUCAGAACGGAUUGAGAAGCGUUGUCAAGAAGUACAACUUCGACUUCGAUCUGGUUUUUGACAGCAAAUGUUCGCAAGAAGAUGUUUUCUUGGAGGUUUCUGCGCUGAUCCAGUCUGCGUUGGACGGAUACAACGUGUGCAUUUUUGCCUACGGACAAACCGGGUAAGUGAUGUGCUGGUCAUUUGAAGCAGCUUUUGGUUUCUAACUGGCAAACUUCGCGGCUUGUAGCUCUGGGAAAACGUAUACGAUGCAGGGAAGGGAAGAGUUAGCUAAUUCCAAGUUGAUGGAGCCAUCACCAGACAUGGGAAUCGUUGGUCGAGCGAUUUCUCACAUCUUUGCGAGCAUAGAAGAUUUACGGACAAGCGGAUGGGAAUUUACUGCUAGUCUAGAAUUGGUCGAGAUUUACAACGAAACCCUUCGUGAUUUGCUCGCUCCUAUUGAGGUAAGCCCCUCACUACGACCGCGACAAUUUUGUUCAUUGCUGACUGCCAUGUAAAUAUUGCAGUCCACAGAUAAGAUCGAUCUCCGUCUGGACAGUGAUGGCAAGAUUGCUGUGGUGAAUUCAGUCACCCAAAAGGUUCAGGACGAGCAGGAGGCGUGGAGCUUACUACGGGGAGCAAUGUCCCGGAGGUCUACUAAAUCCACCAAAAUGAACGACCGAUCCUCUCGAAGCCAUUGCGUCAUCACAUUUAGAUUGAACGGCGUGAAUUCGCUAACUGGGGAACAGCGAACAGGGGUCAGCAACCUUGUCGACUUGGCGGUACGUUUCCGUUAUCUACAUUUUCUUUGUUGCUCGAAAACCGAGAAAACUGAAUCAACACCGCAUUGCAGGGAUCCGAACGUUUGUCAAAGUCGGGAAGUGAUAGCAACAGGGAACUUCUGAAGGAGGCGACGUCAAUCAACAAGAGUCUGUCGGCAUUGGGCAACGUAAUAUGUGCUCUCGCGAAAAAGUCGACACACGUCCCUUUCCGUGACUCGAAGCUGACCCACUUUUUGAGCUCCUCGCUUGGUGGAGACAGCAAGACGCUUAUGAUCUGCAAUCUCUCACCACUAGGAGAGCACCGUGACGAAACGCUCAAUUCGCUACGUUUCGCUAAGAUGGUGAAUUCUUGUGAGAUUGCCUUCCCGUCAACGGUAUCUGGCCGGUCGUAGAUGCUAGUGAGGAUGGUUCGACACAUUCUGUUCAUAGACGAAUUUGCCUUGGGUGACAAUCAUUGAUUUUUUAAGGGGUUUACUACCGGCAUCGCCACCACCAACUUAAGUACUCCAUUCCGUCAAAACAGGAUACUCGACUACACUUAUACUCGUUGCCGCAUUUUCCGACGAGAAUGGUAGCUAGCCACAGGUUCCCGUCUCCCCCCAAAUCCAAUUUCAUUACGUUUACUU